CUCGCGUUCUCUGGAGCUGACCGUGGUGCUGAUCGCCGCGCGCUCGCUCGAGAUCAACACUGACAUGCUCGAGCGUCAAUGCUUCAUGCUUCGUAUCUGAAGACCUCCGACACUGAACUUGAUGCUCCCUCACAACCUUCAGUUUCGGAGGAAAUCCUAAAAUAAUCGAGCAUGGAUCUGUAGUGAGACGGAGGCAUUUUGGAAGUCGAAGGAAAGUCAGUAUCAAACCUGAUGUUGACGUGGACGUUCCGGCACGUGUUUUAAUAGGAUUUGCGAACAUGAUGCCCAUCAUGAGAUUUUUACUGUAGUUUAUUUAAGAUGUGUGUUAUUUGAAUGAAUUUAUAUUCAGAAUGUUGCUAUAAACAUAUCCGUUUAGAAGCGAAAGAAGAUAACUACAUCUAUUUGGAUCCUUGGACAUUCGAAGUGGAGAUAUGGCUCGCGUUCUUGUCCUUGUUAACUCAGUCGGACUGUUGCUCUUCGGUAGUGAAAUGUUUCUGGUGGGAGCAAACCGUCCACCUGCUCCAGUUAAUGUGUCAGUCAUGCACCUGAGAGCUGAUUCAGCAACGGUGUCCUGGGAGGUGCCUGAGGGUGACAUCAUCAUCGGCUUUUCCAUCUCCCAACAGAGAAUGGACGGCAAAAUGCAGAGGUUUAUCAGGGAGGUGAACACCACCAGCAGAUCUUGUGUGCUGUGGGACCUGGAGGAGGAGACAGAUUAUAUUAUCCAAGUGCAGUCCAUCGGCCUUUACGGAGAGAGCCAGGCCAGUAAACGCAUCCACUUCAGAACCCUGAAGAAAACAGACCGCUUCCCCUCAAACAGUUCAAAUCAAGAUGACCCGACUGUCCAAGGACUGGAUAAAGCUCGACACCUGCAGACAGGAGAGAUGAUCAUCAUUGUGGUGGUGCUUCUUAUGUGGGCAGCUGUAAUUGCCUUGUUUUGCCGGCAGUAUGACAUAAUAAAGGACAACGAUUCCAGCAACAGUAAAGAGAAGGUAAAACCAUCCUCAGAGAGAAGCACCCCAGAGCAUCAGAGCGGAGGUCUGCUACGGAGCAAGUUCCACCAGUCUGUGCCAUCGAUCAACAUCAUCGAGGUGUGAUGGGAGCAUCGUAGACGUCAGUCAUGCCCUCCGUGGCAGUAUCAGGAUGACAGUAUGUCAACCCUUUCAUCACCCGACGGUCAAAAAUCCAUCAGCUACACCGCUGUAUCGGCCCACCCAUAUACACAUAUUAAAGCCAUCUACUGGAAGUGUAAAUGACGUACAUUACGCGUAUGACUGGAUGUCUUAUAUUUUAUGAUGGAUGGAGAAUUCCCAAACCCCUUACUGCAAUAUAUCAGACUAAAUCUGGGAUCUUUUCUCUUGUAUAGAGAAGGAAGGAAGGUGCAUUUUUUGUAAUGGUGCUGAAGUAUGACAGGGUUUCUAUUAUUUAUUAGCUUGUGUUUUGUUUGUGCAUGCAGCUCUUGUGGUCUGAUAGGAUGUGUACAGAAGCAGGUCUUUAGAGUAAAGGAAUAAUUCACCGCAAAAUUUAUCUGAGGCCUUUAGAAAGGUAGAAGUCAGAACAGAUUUUGAGAAUUUUAACAUUGCACCACUUGCUCACCAAUUGAUCUUAUGCAGUGAAUGGGUGCCGUCAGAAUGAGAGUUCAAACAGCUGAUUAAAACAUCACAUGUGGAUUAUUGUGAUGUGUUUGGACACUCAUUGUGACAGCACCCAUUCACUGCAGAGGAUCCAUUGAUAUUUCAAAUUUAAAAAACGAAAUUCCUCUAAAUCCGUUCCGAUGAUGAAACUAACUUAUCUACAUCUUGGAUGGUAUAGGCUUGUGUAAAUUUUCAGCAAAUUGUAAUUUUCCGGGUGAACUAUUUCUUUAAAUUUGUGCUCUUAUUUUCAUAAGUCUGCUUAUUAGAGAGAACCAAUUUAUGCCAAAUGCCUCUGCUUACAAAUAGCUUCACCUCUUCACCUUCUUUAACAGUUUUUAUGUAUCCUUAAUAUGGCUAGUAAUAUUUAUUUGCUUAUUUACCCAGUUUUGUUUCACUGUUAUAAUCUUAAAACCCUCAAACCUGAAUAAUGUACCUAAAAGGCUAAUCUCACUGUAAAAAAAAUAAAAAAAAAAUAAAAAAAGGAAUAUCCUGACUGAAUCUGAAUUGUUGUUUUAAGAAUAUGAAAAGACCAUAAACCUAAUGAUGAAAAGUGCAUGCAUAUUUUGCAUUUAUGCUCUCAGUUCAUGGCUCUUCUUUUAAAUGAGUUCUAUUUCUCCUGAUCAGUUUUAAUAAAGAUAAUGAAUGACUUGA